UCAUGCUGGCAGUUAAGAAGACGUCAUGAGCGUCUUACUACCCAACAUGGCGGACUUUGAUACAAUCUAUGAGUUGGACGAGGAAGAUGAACGUGUAGUGAGUGAAGAACACCUUGUUAGAUAUUGCUCAGAACCUGUGAUUAUGCGAGGGGCUGGGCACAUCACCGUGUUUGGAUUGAGCAACAAAUUUGACACUGAGUUUCCCUCAGUUCUCACGGGAAAGGUGGCUCCAGAGGAGUUUAAAACCAGCAUCAGCAGAGUGAACACUUGCUUGAAGAAGACGUUGCCUGUCAAUGGGAAGUGGCUUCUUUGCGGCUGCCUGUGCUGUUGCUGUACGGUGGGCUUCAGUCUGUGGCCCGUUAUAUGCCUCAACAAGAGAGCGAGAAGAUCUAUUCAGAAGUUGUUAGAAUGGGAAAACAACCAGUUAUAUCACAAGCUGGGCCUGCACUGGAAGCUCAGCAAAAGGAAAUGUGAAAGCAGCAAUAUGAUGGAAUACGUAAUUCUUAUAGAAUUCUUACCCAAAUAUCCUAUAUUUCGACCAGACUGAGCUGAGGAGGCUGUUGGGAGACCUGCAGUGUGGCCCUUGACUCCUAUCCUUAGUGCCUUGUAUAAAUGUUGGAAUGAGGGUCUGCACCUGUGUCUCGGUGUCCCUUACAUCUCCCGGUACCUUGUACAUUAGAAAUUGCAACACUGUCACUUUGCUUUAGAGCAGAUUUUGCACAUUUCCUGAUGAAGUAGAACAAUGCUCUCUUUGUUGCACACUAAUACUUUGCUUUUGUUACAUAUGACAACAAGUGAUUGAAAAAAUAACACUGUUGAAAAGUGCAUUUAGCCCAAAGAGCCAUCAUCAAUUGAGUCCAUGUAUCAUAUCAUUAUUGCUUUGGAAAAACAUGUGACACCUCCUAGAGCAGGGGUGUCAAACCUACGACCUGUGGGCCGGAGCAUUUUCAAUCCGUUGGUGGUUUGAGUCAAACAAAAAAUUGUUGUAAUUAUAAUUUUUGGACAUUUGAAAUGAGGAAAAACAAAUGGAAACUGUAGUAAAGAUAAUAGACCUACAUUUAUAGUCUCUUCACUCUGUCCAGCUUUCUAGCAGUUAUCGAAACGAAAGCUAGACAGUCCGGGAGCAUUGAAACAAUUUUCUGCCGAUUUUGAUGGCGAGGAAAUAUAAUACAUUUUAAGUGCAACCCUCCCAAUCUCGGUGAAGCCCGAAUGUGGCCCGCGGGGCAAAAUGAAUUUGACAUCACUUAUCCUAGAGCAUCCUUGCCUUAUGUAAAACAAACCAUUUUAUUUAUAAGACAGGAGGAGACAAACAUUUUGUAGCUCAGUAAGUUCAAAUGGUGGUUAUUUGGGUUAUUUUCCUCAAAUCAAUUUGUCUCUGUGACAAAAAGUAGAUGGGAUGCUUGAAUUUGCCAAACAUACGGUGUAAGUUCGCAUCAUGGAAAUGACCCUUUUUACAGGGAACUUAAAAAAUAAAAAAAAAUCUGUAAAUAUGUUAGUAUAAACUGUAGGCCUACAGUGGUAUGCUGUUUACAUUGUUAUUUAGAUCUUUGAUUUGUUUUGCCAAGAUAAUGCUAUACCAUAGUUUUGUUUAUGAAAGAUGUCUCUUUCCAGUUUAUAUGGACCUGUUUACUUAGUAAGCCAUAUCAUUUUACAAUGACACUAGUGAUGCAUGUUAUUUGUGACUUUGCCAACUAAAAAAAAGUGUCAUCCAUUUCAAUGUGAGAUGGCUACUUGUCUUUAUGAUGUACUGUUGGAAACAGACUCCAUCUUGGCACCUCCAUGCCUCUUGUUUUUUUGCCAAACCUUUUAUUGCAGCUUUGUCUUUGUUCCUUUUAUAGUUUUUAUUUUCCUAUACUGUGUUUUGUCUUUCUGUUAGUUGUUAAAAACCACGUGCAACCUACAGUACAUUACAUAUUGAGAUAAACGUUUCCUUUGUUAUUCAUUUUGUCCAGAGUUGUCUCAUUCACUUGUAGCUGAGAGUUUUGCUGCAUUAUAGUGCCUCUGGAAUGGUAGAUGAACCGCAGUCAGAGAAGUGUGGUUGUGAAGACUGACAUCUGCUCACUUGUAUUGUGGAGAGCCCUGGCCCUCUUCCCACUAUUGGCCCUGUUACAGAGUACUUGUAAAUGUUUUUCAUGACAACUCAAUCCCUAUGGAAAGUUAAAAUAUAUUGUUGAUUUUGAA